AUGCCGUUUGUGUUUGUCCCUCUCAUUUUUUGUUUUGGAUCAUUUGCUGAGCAAGACUCGACUUGUUUGAUUAAAUUAGAGAAGAGUAAUAACACACAAGUAAUAGAAGAGAAUAGAAAGAAGGAGGAGAGGAUGAGUACUGGUAGUAAAAAGUCAAACUCAACAGUUAUACAUUACAAGAAAAACAAUAUAUUCUACAAGAUGAUGGGAUCUGGAUUCCUCUUCUUUGAGAUGACUGGACAGUCGGUCGUAUCAUUCUACGAUCACAUCCUAUCAUUCCCAGAGAUGUUUAAUAGAAGUCUAAGAAGAAAGAAUGGUUUCUUUUUCAAGAUUAAUCAGUCUUAUUUGAAAUGGAGAAAUCCAAACAAAUCGAAUAUUACCAUUAAGGCUGCUACCUCUACCUCUACCACCAAUACUCAAGACGAUUCAACUACAUCAUCAUCAUCAUUUGACUCAAACAACAUAUAUACUACUACUACACCAACUCCAUUAGAUACUGCCUUUAUCAAUACUACUGACACUACACCAACUAUAAUCUCUGCAACAUCAACUCCAUCAUCUUCAUCUCCAUCUCCAUCACAAUCAUCAUCAUCAUCAUCAAAAGAACAACAUUUAGAAAAUGAAUUAGCAAGAUUGAGAGCAGAGUUUUCAAAGAUUAUGGCUGCCAAGUCAACCAACUCAACCAAUACUACUACUACUACUAUAUCAUCUACACCAAUGCCACCACCACCUCCACCACCCCUUCCACCAGUGUUCAAGGCAACAGCACUAAACAUUAAGAAAAAGAAUAUCAAUGGAGUUGCACCAGAUGUCAAUGUCAAUGCCACACCCACAAAGUCAAUGUCUAUCGGUGACAUUCUUCGUAGUGGCAACGGCAAGGUACAACUUAAAAAGUCAGAUGUAGUCAGAUCACCAGGUGGUACUCCAAUUAGAGAUGUCACCAAUAAACCAUCUGUCGUUUCAACUCAAGAUUUUAUUGCUAUGGCUUUGAAAAAGAAGUUCCAAAAUGUACAUGUAAAUGAUUCACCAGAAGUCAAAAAGAAAAAGACUGGAGUGAAGAAAACUUCAAAUGAUUCAUUCUUUUCUGAUUCUGAUGAUGAUGAAUUUGUAGACAACAAAGAAAACAAAUUUAUUACAUCCUAUUAA